CCUUGGCUAUACUACAGACUGCUGACCCAGCUCUGUUGUGUUGUAAUGAAAUGGACCCACACCGACGUGAUUGGCUGGCCAAAACCCUGGAAUCCUUCAUCCCCCAAUCGCUGAGCAGCAGAGUCACGGUGUCCAAUCAGGAUGGACGGAUCUUUGGGCAGAGUGAGGCCGGAAUGUAUGACAAGGUUCUACUGGAUGCUCCAUGUUCUAAUGAUCGUAGCUGGCUGUUCUCUGGACCAGGAGGGGAGCAGCAUGGAGCUGUGAGGCUGAGGGAGAGGGCCAGGCUGCCCACACUACAGACACAACUGCUCAGGUCUGCGCUGGCUGCGGUGCGUCCGGGGGGCGUGGCCGUCUACUCCACCUGCACGUUGUCCCGCUCUGAGAACCAGGAAGUGGUGGAGGCGGUCCUAAACACCUGUCCAGGGGUGGAGCUUCAAGACCUGGAGGAGGAGCUAGCCCUUCCACUCCAGGAACACUUCACCUUCACCCCGUUAGGCCACACCCCCUCGUUAGGCCUCCUUGUUGUUCCACAGCAGGGUCAGACCUGGGGGCCCAUGUUCCUGUCGCGCAUCAAGAGGAUUCACUGAUUGGUUGAUUGACUCGCUGACUUCCUGUCGCGGAUCAAGAGGACGAACUGACUGAGCAUGUCAGACGCUGAGGCUGGUCUUCGAUGGAUUCCACAAUGCAACAUGUUUUCAUGUGACGGCCUGAUCAUCACUGUUAAUAAACGGGUCACUAUUUAGCACCUGAUCAUCACUGUUAAUAAACGGGUCACUAUUUAGCACCUGAUCAUCACUAUUAAUAAACUGGUCUCUAUUUAGCACCUGAUCAUCACUGUUAAUAAACUGGUCACUAUU